AUGCUGGCGCAAAGUCCAUUAGGGCAAAACCUGGUGGUGCAACUGAACGAGCAGUGCAUUGCUACGGUUUCCACCACGGACAGCCCGAACGUGACCAGCUUCCAGCCGAACACCACUUCUAGUGAUACGUCUCCAUCGCUGCCGUCAUCAACUCCGGACGUCACUACCGUCUCACCAGAUGAGGAAAGCCAAGCCAACGCUCUUCUUGAGCUGAGCGCCAACAUCUCCUCACUUAACUCCAGUCAAUUGGAGCAGCUCGUAUCUCAGCUGGAGGAUCUGUUGUCGGGCCCCAACAUCAGCCUCGCUUUGGCCAACACGUCCAUCCACAUAGUCAGCAACCUGCUAGGUGCCUCGGCUGAGACGCUGGCUAGCUCCUCUAACAGAAUCAUAAGGAUUGUCGAUACAGUGGGACUGAAAUUAGUCUUUGAAGAAACAGAGACUAUCUUGUCACCAGCUUUGGCACUUUCUGUCAAAGCAGUGGAUACUAGUAAUCCUCAACAAAUUCUCUUCUCUGUAUCAGACCCCAGCAAUGUACAGGUCAGAGGCAAUCCCAGGUUCUCAAGAGGUGUGAAGAACGAUGAAAUCAUCCCUCAGGGGUCCAUCUUGCUUCCUGCCUCACUUACCCAAAAUCUCACCUCAGAAGAGCUACAAAUCGCCUCCAGAGUUCACUUCAACUAUUACCAGAAGAGCACUGUAUUUCAGGACAGAUCGUUAGGAACGCGUCGACUUAAUAGCGGCAUCCUGGGAGCAAGUUUGGCAAACUUGACAGUCACAGGACUCCAGGAUGAAGUCACGAUUCGCCUCAGGAACCUCCAGCCUAUUCCUGCUAAUUAUGUGGUUUCCUGCGUCUUCUGGGACUUUGCAUUAAAUGACAGAUCAGGUGGCUGGAACACAAACGGCUGUUAUGUCCAGAACAGCACAGACAACGUGACAGUUUGUGGCUGCAACCAUCUCACCAGCUUUUCUAUACUGUUGGACCUCGCCAGGGAGCCUAUAACCAGUCGAGUGCAGGCCACCGUUUUGACCUUCAUCACAUAUAUUGGCUGUGGGAUCUCUGCCAUUUUCCUAGUAUUAACGCUCCUCACAUACUUGGCCUUUGGCAAACUGCGCAAAGACGUACCAUCUAAAAUCCUGAUCCAGCUAUGCGUGGCUCUCCUGUUGCUCAACCUGGUCUUUCUAGUGGACGCCUGGCUGGCGCUGUUUCCAGACGCCGUGGGUCUCUGCAUCUCCACUGCCUGGUUUCUCCACUACUUCCUCCUGGCCACCUUUACCUGGAUGGGCCUGGAGGCGGUGCACAUGUACCUGGCCAUCGUCAAGGUGUUAAACUCGUACGUCCCAUGGUACAUGCUCAGGUUCUCGCUGGCGGGCUGGGGCGUGCCCUUGAUCGUGGUCAUUAUCGUCAUCGCCGUGGACAAGGACAACUAUGGUGUGGUGUCCUACGGGAGGUUUUCUGACGGCGCGACGGACGACUUCUGCUGGCUGAAAAACGACAUCGCCUUCUACGUGGCUGUGGUGGCCUACUUCUGCCUCAUCUUUCUGUUCAAUUUCAUCAUGUUUGUUGUGGUGCUGGUCCAGUUGCAUAAGAUCAAACGGCAGAACCCACACAACUCGAAGCACCGCACCGCAGGAAAGGACGUGCGCAGCGUGGUGGGCCUAACCAUUCUGCUGGGCCUCACUUGGGGUUUCGCCUUUUUCGCCUGGGGACCCGCCAACCUGCCGUUCAUGUACCUCUUUGCCAUCUUUAACUCAUUCCAAGGUUUCUUCAUAUUUGUGUUCCACUGUGCGGUGAAGGAUGCGGUGAGGAGGCAAUGGCGGACAUACCUCUGCUUCGGGAAAUUUAGACUGGCUGAGAAUUCAGAAUGGAGUCGCGCGGCACCACAGAAGAGGCCAAAAAAAGCACUUUCGUCACGUCCGUCCCCAGAGUCGUCGCAGUCUAUCCUCACUCAGAACUUGGAGCUGACUCAGGGCAUAGGAAAUCUAUUUGAAGACAGAAUAAUCACUGGUGACGAAGACCCUAACAUAGAUGUCGUCAUCAACGAACUCAACAGAGAGCACAGAAGCCGUCAGAGAACAUCACACAGUUCACACUCUAAUACUUAG